AUGACCGAUGACAAACGUAGCCCGGUCACAAAAAAGAGCGCUUUCUCAUGUGACAUCUGUCGCAAGCGGAAGGUGAAAUGUGAUGGUGGGCAUCCCGUUUGUAACCGGUGUAGGGCCCGUGGCGACGUGUGUAUUUACAAGCUUUCUCCUAGUUUGUCAUACACACAGCGGUUAGAGCAAAGAGUUGCAGAACUCGAGGCUGCGCUUGCUGGUCUCAAAGCGGCGUCAAGCGACUCUCCGCUCGAUCAUGCCUCGGAAAUACCAUCUCGAACGUCAGAUGUCCUUCCACACACUGGAUUAGCAAGAGCUACUGAGUCACUGAGGGUUGAAGGAGACGCAGGAGUGUCGUUCCCUGAGUCCACGAGUCUUUUCCGGCUUCCUGGUAGUAUCUGGACACGCCAUAUAGGUCAGGACCAAGCAGACCAAGAGAUGGAUGUUAAGAAGCAGGGUCUGAUCAACAACGCAUGGCGCGAGAGAGUAUUCGAGAAGCUUGCAGAUACGCCCGAGCCCUAUCGAUCUCUCAUAGAUUCUCAUUUCUGCUGGAUUCAGCCACUCUUCAAUUUUAUCUACCGGCCUGCCUUCACACGCGAUAUGAAGACUGGUGGUCCUUACUUCUCACAGGCACUACUCAAUGCCGUGCUCUCGCAUUCAGUCCGAUGGUGUCGUGGCGAGCCAGGCAUGGAGCAAUUACUCGCCCCUUUCGACGGUGGAGCGGCUUUCUCCAGAUGGGCGGUUGAAGAUCUUUUCAGAGAUAUCCAACAUGGGAAUAGCAAAAUCCCUACCGUUCAGGCACUUCUACUACUGAGCGCUCAGCAAUGCGGUUGUGGCAACCGCACUCAAGCGUGGCUGUAUAGUGGCAUGGCAUUCCGACUGAUCGAUGAUAUAGGUAUCUGCGUCGACGGUAAGCGAUACGCGGAUGUUGGACAUUUUUCCACUGAGGAUAUUGAAGUGCGCAAUCGCUUGUUCUGGAGCUGUUACUUCUGGGACAAGCUCAUAUCCCUGUACUUUGGCCGAGCUCCCAUGAUCCAAAACUCUGAGAUCAGUCCACCACGAGUGCUAAUGGAUGAUACAGCCGAAAUUGAACCUUGGACUCCGCAUGGGCUCCCUACUGCCAACUAUCGACCAAGACAGGCGCAUUCGAUCUCAUGUUUCAUCCAGAUGUGUAGUCUGGCAGAAAUUUUGAACCAGAUCCUGAUACACUUGUACAAUCCUUCCCACGAGCUGUCACCCACUAAUGCAUACCAAUGUGCAAUUUCGGAAGGCUCUAAACUGCAAGAUUGGUGGCGAGAUCUUCCCGAACAUCUAAAGAUUAAUCUUGCGGAGAUGCAGUUGGAUUGUCCGCCGAGUCAUAUCGUUACCCUCAACUGUCUCUAUCAUACGAUAAACAUUUUACUGAAUCGCGCGAAACUCAAAUUAAGCAGGGAGUCCGGCUUGGCAAGCGCCAUGGCUGAUCGUAACCCUUUGAUUCAUUGCGUGUCAUCUGCAACAUCAAUCAUUGCAUUGUUUGAUUUGUACAAGCACGCUUUUGGCGAAGGUCAUGUUAUUCUCAGCCUGGCGUACAGUGUUUAUACCGCAGCUUCAAUCUUUCUGUUAGAACUGCAAGCAAUCGGCCACAACGCACCGAAUACGCUGGAAAGACUCAACUUCUGCAUAGGUGCCUUGGAGCGCCUGAGGCAUACAAACCCAGUCAUUACUACAGCCCUGAGCAACAUAUCGAAGGAACUCGAAGUACUUGGAAUUCAAACAGCAUCCUUGGAACCAUCUGGCCCAACCGUCGACACGACGGAACCCAUCGCGAAUAAUCCUCUACUGCCUCUACCCAUGGAUAUAUACUAUCCUUCUGCGUCUGCAAACAACAUGCCUGGAAGCGUUGAACAGAACGAUGAGCCCAUCCUAUUGGAUCUUUCGUACCUCAAUGGACAGAUAGAGGGAGCUGGAAGUUAUAAUCUGCUGGACAUGUCCCAGGAGAUGUAUGGGGCUUUUCUCCAGAUUGAGCCUCUUAGCGUCACGAUGAACCCAGAAUCCGAAAUUUAUUGA